AUGCCUACCAUCGCGGUCGACAAGGCGGCCCUUUUCAAGGAGCUUGGCCGAGAAUAUACCACGGAGGAGUUUGACGAGCUAUGUUUCGAAUUUGGAAUUGAACUUGACGAAGACACCACCGACCAAGAACGUCCCAACAAUGAACCCCCGCAACUCAAAAUCGAGAUUCCCGCAAACAGAUACGACCUGCUCUGCUUCGAGGGUAUCGCGUUGAUGUUGAACAUCUUCCUUGGCCGCAGAAAGUUCCCCGAUUAUCGACUAGUCCCUCCACCGAAUGGCGAGCUGCAGAAGCUCAUUGUGAAAGAAGAUACGACUAAAAUACGACCUUACGUUUCCGGUGCUAUUUUGCGAAAUAUCACUUUCGACAAGGCUCGCUAUGAAUCUUUCAUCGCCUUGCAAGAUAAGCUCCACCAGAAUCUCGCCCGCCAGAGGACUCUUGUAUCCAUUGGUACCCAUGACCUCGACACGGUUCAAGGACCGUUCACUUACGAAGCGCUUCCACCAAAGGACAUCCGCUUCGUGCCACUGAAUCAGACACGCGAACUGGAUGGAGAAGAACUGAUGGAUUUCUACAAUAAAGACAAAAACCUGGGGAAAUACCUUCACAUCAUCAGAGAUUCUCCUGUCUACCCGGUGAUCUACGACUCGAAGCGGGUCGUGUGCUCCUUGCCCCCCAUUAUCAAUGGAGAUCACUCGAAAAUCACAUUGGAUACAAAGAAUGUGUUCAUUGAAAUUACUGCACUCGACAGGACGAAAUUGGAAAUCGUCAACAAGAUUAUGGUAACCAUGUUUUCAUUGUACACCUCGGAACCUUUCACAAUUGAGCCUAUUCAAAUCGUCUCAGAGCACAAUGGUGAAACGAGGGUAACUCCAGAUCUUGCACCGCGGACCACGGAGGCAGAGGUUUCCUACAUCAACCAAUGUUGCGAUUUGAAGUUGUCUUCACAGGAAAUUUCUCAGCUGCUGACCAAAAUGUCAUACACUGCUAAGCCAUCAGAAAAAUCCGACGACCUCAUUGAAGUCCAAGUACCACCUACUCGGGCCGAUAUCCUGCAUCAAGCGGAUAUCAUGGAGGAUGUUGCUAUCGCCUACGGAUUCAAUGAGUUGCCGCGAAGCUUCCCAAGCAAGUCUGGUACCAUUGCUCAGCCUUUGCCAAUCAAUAAGCUCACCGACAUUGUUCGAAUGGAAGCUGCUAUGGCUGGAUGGUCCGAAGUCAUGCCCCUAAUUCUUUGCUCUCACGACGAAAACUUUGCCUGGCUGAACCGCAAAGACGAUGGCAACACGGCAGUCAAGCUUGCUAACCCCAAGACAUUAGAAUUCCAGGUAGUCCGCACUACUUUACUUCCCGGUCUCUUGAAGACUAUCAGGGAAAACAGGAAUCACUCUGUGCCGAUGAAAAUCUUUGAAGUCAGCGAUGUGGCCUUCAAAGACGUGUCCCUGGAACGAAAGAGCCGCAACGAGAGGCAUUUUUCGGCUGCCUGGUAUGGCAAGACCAGUGGUUUCGAGGUUGUCCAUGGGUUGUUGGAUCGUGUCAUGUCAAUGCUGAAGAGCACUUUCGUUACGGGUCUAGAAAAUCCCGCUGCGAGCGACGCCAGUUAUUGGAUUGAGGAGCUUGAUGAACCUACCUAUUUCCCUGGUCACGCCGCUUCGGUCCAUGUCAAGAUUGGUGGCAAGGAGCAAGUCAUUGGCUCCUUUGGUAUUCUCCACCCUACUGUUCUGGAGAACUUCGAACUUAAAUACCCUGUCAGCACACUUGAAAUCAACAUUGAAGCAUUCUUGUAA